AUGUCGGAAAUAGAUGGAGGGGAACAUAUACAAAGAUGUCGGACAGGAACGAAGCCACAUUCCACGCCGCUCACUUUGAAAUGGUUAGAGGAGAACUACGAAAUUGCUGAAGGUGUGUGCAUCCCGAGGAAUGCACUGUAUAUGCAUUACCUGGAUUACUGCAGUAAAAAUGAUACACAACCGGUGAACGCCGCCAGCUUCGGUAAGAUAAUCCGCCAGCAGUUUUCGCACAUCACUACACGACGUCUUGGGACACGCGGCCAAUCAAAGUAUGGAAACGGCAAACGUGAGACGUCGAGACAGGAUGUUCCCUAUCUGCAGAUUAUGGCUUUCUCUCCUAGGUCGAAAUUGGGCACAUUACUGCCAGACUUUCCUGAUAUCAAAGAUUUAAAGUUGCCUCCGAAUGUGCCAGAAGACAAAGUAUUGACAUUUCUCAUGAUGUACCGAACACAUUGCCAGCGCAUCCUUGAUACGGUCAUCCGGGCAAAUUUUGACGAGAUUCAAAGUUUUCUGGUACAUUUCUGGCAAGGGAUGCCUCAACACUUAUUGCCAUUGUUAAACAUCAAUGCUAUCGUAACUCUGGUGGGAGUCUGUGAUUCAAUUUUAUAUAAAGCAAUAGCUAGCGUUCUUAUGCCGUCUGUGUUACAAGCUUUACCGGAAAGUUUGACUCAAGUUAUACGGAAGUUUGCUCGUCAGUUAGACGACUGGUUGAAUUAUGCAUUAUAUUCCUUGCCGGAAAACCUGUGUAAAGUAAAAUUUGACCUUGCAAGGCGUUUUUGUCAGUUAUUGCGGCGGCAGACAUCUUUAAACCACCUGUGUCAAGCUGCUCGAACGGUCACACAAAACAGAGAGAUUACAAGUCAAAUGUCUGAAGAUUGGCUAAACAUUGACCUCAAUUCUAUAGUAAAACAAACCCUCUAUACUAUGGACCACUACAGCGAGAAAGAUCACAAGACGAUUGCGAAUUUGUGCCGAGAAUUUGAGCGUCUGCUCGAAGACCAAGCUCCCGUUGAAUGCUACCUAGAAUGGUUAGACACUAUGGUGGACAGGUGUGUUGUCAAGAGAGUUUUUACAAAACUAAACAGGUCUACACAAAAAGAAUUGCCCGAAAUAUUGUUUUACUACUUGACAAUUUUAUCUUUAUAGCUUUAUUUACACACACGAAACUUCAUUCUCUCUUUUACAGGUUCAUUUCACCUGCUGCAUCUUAUGUUUGAUGACUAUGUUCUCUACCUGGUGGAAAAUCUCCAUUGUCAGGAAAGAGCCAGUGAAUUUUUACGUAAUAUCCGUCAAGGAGACACAUCAAUAGUUGAUUUCGGGGAAGAACUCAUGCCGAGUUCCUUAAAUUUCAACGACGGCUUAUCAUCACAGUCUGGAAACAUGACACCCCCUGUCGGCAACAGUGUACAGCGUCCAAUGGAAAGAUGCUCGGUUAUUACAAACGGCAGGGAUGUGAUGAGUCAAGUAGGAGACUAUUCUUGUCAACGUAAUGUCAACGAAGUGUCUCAUGUGAAUCAAAGUCGCAGUCCCGUCCACGAUAAUUCUCAACCUGUCACUAUAAAGUCUGCCUAUUCGCCAGCUGCUGAUUCCAGCCGAUCAAAUUCCAGCAAUCCCAGCAUGCAACCCUCCACACAGAAUGCACUUCCGGUCACACCUGUAAACCAUAUUUCCAGUUGCAGUCCUACGUAUCAGCAAUGUCAGUCGUAUCACAUGGCCUACGGACAGACAUUAACCAAUCAACAUCCAGUAAACAUGGACACGCAAAACUCCCAUUCUAUGUACAGCUACGAUGUUUCAUCACAGUACCCACGACACUACUUGUCAGCGGCAGCAGCCUCAGUGGCGCCAACAGAACCCAUCAAAACCAAUGUGACGUCAUUGACGCCAACAAAUCGUCAGAAUGUGCUGAGCAGCGGAGCAGCCGCAGAAUGGCCUACAGACUCAACGGCCAGUGGUUCAAAUAGAUACAACACGCCAGUGAUGACUCAUGAAAGUGUUUUACGCAAUAACGACAACAACAGUUACACAGCCUAUCAGACGAUGAGAACACCAUCGGCGACCUACGAUUACUCUACAUACACCUAUCCAGAUAAUUACAGUCGGGCAGCUGCUGUUACCGUUGUUCCAAACACGACACCCACACCUGACGCCGUCUCUCCGCACGUCUAUCAUCCGCACCAUCACCAGCAUCACCAGCAUCACCAACAACAGCAGCAACAACAACAACAGCAACAGCCUACAAGUUACGAUGGCAACGCGCAUAUGAAUAGUAGUAGCAGCACUCACAAUAACGCCAACAACAGCAACAGCAACAGCAGAAGCAGCAGCAGCAACAGCAAUAUAAGCAACAACAGCGGCAGCAACAACAACACGAGCAACACCAACACCAACACCACAAACAGCAGCUACUAUGAUGAUAGCAGCCGAGUUGAUUACUGUGGCACAACUAAGCGGAAGUACGAAUCACACCAGGACACAUUUUCCCGUCAUUACAAACGCUAUAACCGUGAACAAUAUCCUUAUCAAGUAACUUCCGGUGGUUACAUGUAAGACAUGUCUCGAUUCUGGCGCCAAGGUGUUUGUCUUAUCUAAUCUCGACUCUAGAAUUUUCGAUUUCUACAUCGAGAACGGUCCGUCCACAGAAGUCAUUUAUUAUCCAUGCUUGAAUAGGGAAGUGAAGUUGCAGUUUCGCACUCGUGUUUGAUGUAUAUAUCACUGCAUUGUACGUGUGUGUAUGCAUGCAUGUUAUGUAUAUAUGUUUUACAUGUGUACG